AUUUUAAGUCCUUCUCCCUCCAACAUUUUGCAUCAUAAUGGAGUCGUUAAUCACUAAGUGCUGUUCAAUAAGACUUUUAUCAACAAAAAGUGAUGGUUUCAUAAUGUGGAUGAUUUUAUUAAUGAUUUUCAACAGCAUAGUGAUCACACCUGGAAACGGAUUGCCUAUGUAUUUAGAAGAUGACAUGGAUGAAAUGAAUGAAGAUGGUACACCAGAUCAGAUUGAAGACCAUUAUUAUACAAAACGGGCAUGGGACAAAUUACAAGGGGGUUGGGGUAAAAGAGGUUGGGAUCAAUUACAUAGUGGUGGUUGGGGUAAACGUGCUGUUGGUGUUGGACCUGCUGAUUCAACUAAAAUAUUAUCAAUAUUAUCAUCGUUACAGCAGAAUGGUGCUGUUGGACAACCGGGUGCUCCAUUACCGUAUUUUAUCGUUGUUGUACCGGGUGGUCGGGCUGAUUUGGAGAAGCGUGCAUGGAAAAAUUUACAAGCUGGAUGGGGAAAACGUAACAACCAAAUUGAUGAAGUUCAAGCAAAUCAAUUGCCCAAUGACGGAAACAAAGGACCAGCACCCAAGAAAUCCAGCUGGAACAAUUUAAAGUAUAUGUGGGGUUAAGUUAAUAUUAUUUAUUUAGAAACAAAAACACAAAAUGUUAACAAUCGCAUAUAACACGAAUUGCGGCUAAUGACAAUACAAUUAUUUAUUUAUUUUGUUUUUUUUCGAUUUAAGUAAAAACUUUUACGACGAAUUAUAUUCCAAACUUCCAAAGACAUAUUUAUUCGUGACAUAAUAUUUUAUAUUUAUGCCAUGAAAAUUUUUCGUGUUAUACGAGAGUUGUUUUCCUA